AUGAGCAGCAAGACGGAUCUUAGCUCAACACGCGACUCGCAGGUAGAUGGUGUAAUGGAAGAUGCAGUAAGCUACAGGCUUUCAUAUUCUGUGGGGGUAGCAGAGAACCGGAAUGCUAAGUUUAGAAAGACAAUGGAGGACGUGCAUACCUAUGUUGAAAAUUUCGCAUCAAGGCUAGAUUGGGGCUACUUUGGUGUAUUUGACGGGCAUGCGGGGAAUCAGGCAUCCAAAUGGUGCGGAUCGCAACUGCACACUGUAAUCGAAAAACGAAUUUUGGAGGACGAAACGCGAGAUGUUCGCGACGUUCUAAACGAAUCUUUUAUUGAUGUCGAUGAGUGCAUAAACUCGCAAUUAAGCGGGAACAGUGGCUGUACGGCCGCUGUGGGUAUCCUUCGAUGGGAAGUUCCCGAUCGCCUGCCGACAGGACUUAUAGAUCUAGAUCAACACAAGCGAAUGCUCUAUACGGCAAACGUUGGGGAUACCAGAAUAGUGCUUUUUAGAGACGGACAAAGCGUGAGACUUACAUACGAUCACAAGGCAUCUGAUUCCCUGGAAAUGCAAAGAGUUGAGCAAGCUGGCGGGCUAAUUAUGAAAAGUCGAGUAAAUGGCAUGUUAGCUGUGACGAGAUCACUAGGUGAUAAGUUUUUUGACAGUUUAGUUGUCGGUAACCCGUUUACGACGAGCGUGGAGAUAACCACGACAGACAGAUUCCUUAUUAUUGCUUGCGAUGGGCUUUGGGACGUUGUUGAAGACCAAAAAGCCUGCGAAAUGAUUAAGAACUUAACUGACGCAAAUGAAGCCGCCAAAAAACUUGUAAGGUACGCCUUGGAAAAUGGUACCACGGACAAUGUUACGGUAAUGGUGGUAUUUUUUGAGAUCUGA